GUCGUGUUGUGGUUGCAACACAGUCGGUCGUUGGACGUUAACUGUGAUGUGUGGAUGUGCAUAGUGAAGUAUGCAACACGAAGUGACGACUGUCAAACGUGAUGCAUCUUUCGCUCGACAAUAUGAUACGAAUACGUCUGUGUGGUAAUAAACAGAUUGUCAGUUCCUUGAAACUAGUGGCGCAUGAAUGCUUGAAUAUUAACUGACCUUCGAGCAAUCCUUUGUUUAAACUGUUUGCAAGGAGUACUAAUUUCCUGAAGUGGAUAGCAAUAUGGAAGAGAUGUUAAUGCUGUCCUCGCAGAGUCCUCUUUCCUUGCUUGUGAAGUUUGGAAUAAUGGGGUGGAAUGACAGUUGUGCGGAAAACUGUUCUGGACAUGGGGAAUGCCACAAUGGAACAUGUCUUUGUGAGAUUCAGUUUGAUGGGAAAGACUGCCAUGUACCAAACCUCAGUUACUUCGUUGCAUUUGCGACUGUUUUCUUCCUGCUUGCAUUUGUGUGCCUUGUGCAGCUAGUAAUGUGCAUUGUAGCAGAAUGGCAGCGCAUGAAGGCCCCAUCCUUUCUUCGUGCCUGCCGAAUAACUACACAGAAGCUGUUAUACUUUGUAGUCUUCUUGGCUGCUGUCAUUAGGGGUGCAUACUUCACUUCUCCAACUGCAUUUGAAGAGGGGUGGUCAAGUAGCCUAAUGAGUGCUUACUACCCCCUUGUUCUUUCUGGUGCAUCCCUCAUUGUCUGUUUCUGGGCUGAGGUGUUCCAUUUGCGAGACAUCAGCUGGGAGAGGCCGCAGUUCCUGUCCAAGUCCUUUUUGGGCUUUGUAACAUUUAACAUUAUAAAUUAUUCCCUGUUACUGGCGGAGUUUAUCACAACUCAGUUUACACAUCCGACAUCAGAACAAAAGAAUUUCUAUACAAACCUUUUCAAUGGUUGCUAUGCCUUCCUGUUGUUCAUUGUUGUGAUAUUUUUCCUCAUUUACGGCGUAGAAGUCUUCUUUAAGAGGGAUGUGUUAGCAAGAUACAAUACUUUAAACAACGAUGAGGCAAACACAAAAACACAACAAGUGGAGUCGUUCGAGCUCCGCGCUGGCUUUCUGAGUGGGGAGCAAGUUACAACUAUAGCAGCAUCCAGUCGAACACCUGCAGGAGAACGAGGUGAUGGGCCGGCAUCUACACGGCUAGUGGAUGCGGAUGCAGACGGAAACACCAGCACUUCUGCGGACACAGAUCCGGAUGCUGACGCACGCCUGUCAGCUGCCUCUAGCCCCUCUCUGCCAUUGCAGCAGAAAGUGGACAUCUCACAGCUGCACCAGUCACGCAUUGGCUUGCUCUCUCAAGCACUCAUGCUUAGCAUUGUUGUAGGCUUCCUCUUCAGUGAGACACUGUCAGAAUUGUGGAAGAAAAAGGUUCCACUUGUAAGCCGCAACUGGCACGACAUUGUCUUCAGAGUUGUGGAGAUAGGCGUGGCACUCUGGUUUCCGUGUGUCUUGUGGAACUGCAUGAGCCCAGAGCAGUUAUGGAUUUUGAACCCAAAAAGAAUUUUGAAGAAAUUGGAAGCCGAGCAGCAACUGUCAUCACAGCCUGGUUGCCGACUUGAAACGCCUCCAAAGCCAGAUGGUGAGAGCGUAUCGGGACAGGACUGUUGGAUUUGUUAUGAUACUGAUCGCCGAGAUGCUGGCCCUCUGAUACAGCCUUGCGACUGUCGUGGAGAUGUCAGCACAGUACAUCACGACUGCUUAAGGCGCUGGCUGGUUGAGAGUUCUGUCAAUUCAGACUCCUUGAAAUGUAAAGUAUGUGGUGCAGCAUAUCAAGUGGAGCGAGGAAGCCGCCUUGACUGGCAGCACGGAUUCACCACAAAGCACUGGCUGCAGACAGCUGCCACAGUGACCUGUAUGUGCCUGUCUGCAGCAGGAGCCUGGGUCACCAUCCAGUUGUUUGAAGACUCUGCUAUACGGAUGCUUGCUGCUGGAGCUGCACUGCUCGUACAGUAUGCGUGCGUCAGAUUCCUUGGGUUGAAUACAGUCGUGGCGUAUCAACGUGCAAAGGUAUCAGCACUAAACAUCAUGGGAGGACAUGUGUCUACAAUCAGUGAGACUGUAGCUGUUGAUAUACCCAAUCGUGAUAGAGAGAGACAACAAGCCAGUAUAUGAGAAACGAACACAGGUGAUAAAUGUGGCUCUGCAUUUCUGCGGUGUGGUUGUGACGGAAGAGGACUUUUCUUGCCAUGAUAUGUAAACAGACAUAUGGAUUGAAAAGUAUUGUACUCCAAUUCAGCAAUAAGAAAUGUGUGCAUGCGAUGACUUGCUGUAUGUGGACAGUAAUAAACAACAGUUUAUGUAUGUGUAAAACCAAAGAAUAGUGGUAGUAGUGUAUUGUCAUUUCAAUAACAUUUAAGAUUUUUGUUAUUGUAUGUAGAAAAUAGAGAAGAGUGCAGAAGGUGCAGGGGCAGAAGGGGCGAAAGAUAAAUGCACACAUUUAAAUUUUAAAAAAGAAUGUUUCUUAUAAAGUAAACAUCACACAUUUCGGAUUGAUGUUGUACAAUAAUUUCUUGAAAGCAUUAUUCAGUGCUACAGUUGGUUUAAAAUAUAGUUGUAUUUGUAUUUAUAUUUAUAUUUGUCAUAAAAAGACAUUAAAAUUAUUUGUUUAUACACCAUGAAUUAAGUGAAUUUGGGGUGAACAGGAGAGGGUUUAGUUUCACUAGUAUGUUUUCAGCUAUCCCUGUCAUUGUAUAUUGAAUUAUUAAAAAGCGCAGAUUAUUAUUGAAAUGAAAUCUGAAACAAAACGUUACUAGUUUUGCCAGGCAUUAUCACCUACAAGAUAACUUAUUCUAAUUUACAGUGUGUGUUUAUUUGUCUGCAUAUUAUUCCAACAUCAGGAGUUUGUUGGGCCAGCUGAUGGAGCUGGCCACUUUGUACUUAACAAUCUUGUCAGUAGCUAAAUGGGACAAUCUUUCUUUGAGUCAUAAAUAUAGCUAUGUUAUAUGUACAAAUGUGUUAAUAAUUUUAUCUUUAAUAAUCAUAAAGUAAUAAGAUGAAAUUGUA